ACCUCUUCGGCGGCAAAACUGAAAGAAAUCAAGUGUCCAAGCGAAAGCACUGAAAGUUUAACAUGUUUAACGUCGCGAUUGACAUAAGGUAAGUACCUUGAAAUGUUUUAGAAAUGCUGUUCAAGUUCAGCUCUGUUUUGUACUUUUCUAAGUACCACGAUUCAGGACGAUUGCAAGCGGCGUACUCUUUUUCGUGUUUUCAGGGGCCAUGUCCUCUUUGAAGGUAUUUAUUUCUUCUUCUGUAUAUGGGACAAUCGACCCCGGCACUUCCUCCGUUGUCGCUUCUCCGUUUUGUUUGGUUGAACUUUGGAUUGCCAUUUUCUGGGCCGUGUUCACAGGAUUUUCUUGUUUUCUGGUUGUCGCGAGUGAAAGAGGUUUUAUGUCUCUUCGAGAAUCUGUAGUUCAGUUCAAAACAAGGAAGAACCUCCGGCUCACUUUAGAAAACGCUUUUGUUUGUUUUUAACUCUUCAAAAAGUGACAAUGAAUGGUUUUGAAAACAUUUUAAAAUGACAUUGUAGAAAACCUUUUUUGCAUGUUGUUGUGUUAGAAUUUGACGACAGUUGUUACGUAGAUGCGAAACAAUAUCGCUUAGCCUCGUUUUCAACUCGCAAUUCCACACUAAAUACCUCGCUUCGUUAACCAAUCAGAAUGCGAGAUUUUACUUAAUUAUGCGAUUCUACACGAUAUCGCAUGCACGAGAUAGCUUGAGGAACUCAUAAAUAUUUAUCAUGCGACCAGACAAGUAAGAUCGCAUUCUCUUCUCGACAUGUUUGAACAGUGUCUUUUGUUAUAAGUUGGGAUAAACAUUGCAUUGCCCAUGGGAUAAAUCUUUGCCAAUUUGGUUCCCGACUUGUAGUUUAAAAUGAACAAAAUGUCUAUUUCGAGAAAACAAAGAAAUUUUCGUAAGGCCAAAGCAACAAAGCUGUCAAUGUUAAUGCGUACUAGAGAAGGAGCAAGAACGUUUUUGCCACAGCAUGGACCGUUUUCGCCGCAUGUGGCGUCUCGGACGCGAAUUGAUCUCGUUGUAUAUAUAUACAAAAAGGAUCUGCAUUUUUUAAAUACUACUUAAAAAUACUGAUUAGGAUGGCAAGCAUGCCGCAUACUAGGGCAAAAACUGAGCUACGACACGGUAGGCCGAAUCUCUUGCAGUCUGUUAUAAACACGGCUAAACAGUUCGGGAAGUGCAAUCAUCUUUCGUCUUGAUGUGGAAGAAAAAGCAAACUAGACAAACAAGAUCGACACGUGCCAUGUGUCUUGCUUGACAUGGCCCAUUUUCAUUUGACACACCGCGUGUAGCCUGACGACACGUCACUUGCGGUGCGGAGCAGGGAGAGGUGACUGUUUUCACAGGCAUGAUUUCUCGGGUUUUUUUUCCCAUUUUUAGUCCGCCUAAGUAGAUAAAACAAAACAAGACAGUACUUUUAUUUGGAGUCUAGUAUCUAGUACAUAAACGUUGAAAUUAUUUUAAAAUUACAACAUACAGUUAUAUCAUCAAUAAUAAUAUUUUAUUAUAAUAUUUUAUUUUCAUAUAUAUUUUUAACCCACCACCUGCCACCCGCCACCCGUCACCCGUCACCCGCUACCCCUCACCUGCAACCCGCUACCCGCUACCCGUCACCCGUCACCCGCCACCCGCCACCCGCGGAAAAGUCCUGCCGAAGUGAAUAACAUUACCAAAUUGCAAAAUUAAAAUUCAAGUUCCGGCAUUCCGGGUACUGCAUUAGAUUAUGACAAAUUAUUGCCCUUCAGUUUGCGUGAAGUCAAAGCUGCUGCCGUGCGUAUUACAGAUAGAAGUUCCUUGCUAGGUUGUUUCUAUUUUACCUCACGCAGUCUUUGUAUAAAAUAAGAUGUCGGUGUCGAUGAUACAGUUGACAGAAGAAUCACCGAGCGAAGCAACCGAUUCUUUUUGUGAUGCUCAAGUUCCACCAUCUCUUAAUGACGAAGAAACUGCUUAUAAGAAGACUUGCGGAUGCAUAAAAUCGCCUCGAAAACGUCUCAUUCUUCUCGUGGUUGUGACAGCCACCUUGGCCGCUGCUUUAGGAGUUUUGCUUGGCUAUUUUCUGCCACAGCUGCUCAAGGAUUCAUGUAAUAACAAACUCUCGUCGGCUCCUGGAGAUGUCGACGACAAUUUUACAAAUGAGGUGAACACUAAAGAGCUGAAGGAGAAUCUCAGGUAGGGAAAUAUAGGGUUCGUUGGGUGCUACGAGAACACAGACCCUCGAAAGCUAAGAUCAAAAGAUCCGGACCCUAUCUCACUUUUCGUAAUAACGAAAACUAAGAACGGAAGACUAAAUUUAUAAUUUAUUUACAGCUAAAUUCGAUUAGAUAUUCAUGCCGCGUAAAUGGAAACCCUUCGAUGGUUUUAAUAGAACGCUGACUUCUUUAGAAGUCUUCCCGUCUUUCUUAUGGUACUGAGAUCAGUAAGAAAAAGUUUAAGGUUCCAAUCCUGUUGCUCUUUUCGAUAUAACGAUAAUUCGGCGGCUUAGACUUGAGCGGUCGUAAUUCGAUCGACUUGACAAUUUGACGGAUUGCAUUUUCGUGAUUACGAAAAGUAAUUCAUUCUUCUGCGCUGUGCAUUGACUGUUAUGUCUCGCCAGCAGCACCUCAAGAUCUACACUUGCUUUAGUCAGGGGGUUUCCGGGGCACAAAUAUUGACAAUCAUAAAUCUCCCUACAGUUGAAAAUGCCCUCCGGGGGUACUCAAAAAAGUUUUAACGGGGAGGCUCCGCUUAGAGGUCGAACCCCUUUCCCUCGGCUUUUAUAUAAGAUACCAUUUUUAACAGAAAAGCUAAAGGUUACCGUCGUGUAUACCAUGUAUACCUUUUCUUGACAAUUGGUUUCCCUUUCACAUACCUAGUUUGGAACUUAGCAUCACUUUUAACUGCUGUAAAUGCACCGUCUUUAAAAUAGGAACAAUCGGCUGUCGUAGUGAUUUUUUUUCUGUGGGGAGGCACUUGUCUGCUACACAGCCGUUUUUAGUGUCGUCACGCAACGCUCCUCCCCAGAAGGAGCAUUGCGUGACGACACUAAAAACGCCUGUGUAGCAGACUAGGGAGGCACAGGCUACAAUAAACCUUGUCGCCGACCAUUGCGUGACAUAUGAUCCGAGAAAAUCUAUUCUGAAAGCAAAUCUGUAGACAACCAUUUAGAGAGUUAUUUUUUGUCGGAAACCCGUUCACGAGUAUCUACGACUAUAGAGAAUUAUUGUACGGCUUGAAAACGAUAAGUUCAGCGUAACAGACAGCGAACAGCUUUAGGAGAAAACAACCCACUAUAAAUACCACGUAAUACCACGUAAUACCAUGUUUAUGGUCGACGCGAAAACACAUUGUGCCACAAGAUAAAAAUAAUUUAUACGUUUCAAGAUUCUUUCCUUGUAAUUUGUUAUGUCUCUUUAACCCCUGGGCUUCAACCUAUUAAAAAAGAAUUCGUUCGUUUUGCAAUUUGCGAUCUUGAAAAGUUAAAAGAUGGAUUUUUUUUCCAUCGGUACCGUACUUUUACGUCCAAAAAAGUAAAAAAUGCAACAGAUCUCUUUCUUUUACCGUAAUAUGAGUCUGGGUCAAAGCGCUGAUGACACGAACUCUAUACUGACCAACUUUCUCUGCGUCAAAUGUGUGAGAUUUUGUCAGGACCGGAAUUUCCGGAAACGUCCCGGCGACUUCCGAAAAUUUCCGGCGACUUUCCGAAGACUUCCGAACGUUGCCGGAAAUGUCCGCAGAUAAGACCGUUGAGCACUUAAAAGAGGACAUAUUUAGCCUGCUUUGAUGUCGUUAGAACACAAAAAGCGACACAAAGGCAUCCUUAAGCGCCUUUUUCGAUUGAAUUUUCGUUAUUUAUCAUUUGUUAAAGAACAAUUUGUCCGGAUUUGUGAGUCAGGCGUGAAAAAUUGUCCUUGAUGCGUGAGAUCAAUGUCUUUAGUCUGUAGGCGUGAGACUCACGCAUAAUGCGUGAGAGUUGGCAGGUCUAGAACUCAAAUUAAUUUUUAAAAGUGGGUUGAGUUUGAUCGUAGGGGUGAACGUAGUCCUGAAUAGGACUGUUGUUGUUUUUGACUCUGAAGAUGACUACCGCACAGGUUGUCGAAACGUCAGUCACUGUCAGCAACAACAGUCCUAUUCAGGACUACGUUCACCCGGACGAUCAAACUCAAAACUCAACCUACUUUUGAAAUGACUCCUGGGUUCAAACCUUUCACAAAUUAAUUUUUGUUCAAAAGACUGAUUUCGAAGCUCAAAAUUGCAAGGUUUAGCAGCAGAACAAUUUUUAAGAUUAGUCUUCUUUACCCUAAUCCGAAAUUUACUGUAGUUGAACAAAGACACCAGUCGCUUGAUUUUUUAAUACAAACUAAUGCUAUGCUAUCUCAACGAAUGGCAAGCGUUUUUAUGUUAAAUUAUGAUUAUAUUUAUAAAGCAAUUGAGCAGUAAACCGGCAUUCAGAGAAGAUAAGUAAACUGAGUGCUGUACACUAAUUAUGUGCUCUGAGAAAAUCACAGCUGUACAGAGGUUUUAAUAGGCAGAUACCCUGUCUCCUUCGUAGAGGCCUCUUUGUGUUGUAGGGAGGCUGGGGAGAAAGAAAAAGAGAGCGCGCGGGGCACGGUGGGAAGGGGGAAGGGCCCUCUUCCCAUCGUCCCCCGCGCGCUUUCUAUUUUUUUGAUUAUUGCUAUUUUUAUACGGAUACUCAGCGGGAGCCUCUGCGGGGCAGAGAGGGCAGAUACCUAAGAUUCGAUAAGAUGGCAGCGUUUAUGGAAAAGAAUCAUUGCUUUUACUGUGAGAAGUGACAUAUCUUACAAACAGGAAUUGGAAUACACUGAACUGAAUAUACACUGAAUAUGGCUAGUAUCGUGUAAAGGUCUAUACUUACACAUAUUUCCCCCCUGAUAAAUAUGGCAUGUAAACUGUACCGAGCCCACUACAAUGAAGCUAUAGGAACGAGCAAAUAACCCAGUUAUAGUGGUACAAUUUUAAUUUCUCUAAAAGAGAUCUUUCCUCAAAGAGAUCUGACAACUUGAUACGAAAAGAAAGCAGUUGAAAACUAUAUAUGCGAAGUUUUUCUAAUAGGGCACUAUUCGCCGAGAUUGAAAAGAAUAAUUGUACUAGUAUAUACACAUUCAAAAAUAUAUAGAAUGUCGGCGAGUCCACAGCAACAAGCCAAUGAGUGGUGCCGGAUCUCCCAGUUGUAGACCUGGAUUAGUACAAUUAAACUUGUAGAAAAACAUGAAACGGCAAACUGAUCCUUAUGCAUGGCGAUGAAAAAGUAAACAAAAGAAUAACACAAAAAAUAUAUAUUCUUUUUUUCUUUCGUUUGCUUCUUCAUCGCCUUGCCGUUUCAUAUUUUAAUACACAUUCAUCAAGCAAAAAAACUAAAUCAUCUAAAGUAAAUGGAAAAACGCUGUUUUGAAUCCUUCAAAGUCUUUUCUUGCCAGAAAGAAAGAAAAACAGAAGAUCGUUUUCUAAAAAAAUUGAAAAGACACCAAGCUCAAGCAUUAUCCACUCGCUAGGAGGUGAAUAUUGUUGAAUAGUCAACUAAUCAGCAAGAUCAAACAGCAGCAUCACUGAGUGUGCAUAUACUAAUUGUUAUAUAUUGUUCCAGGUUCUUUUCAUCCAAGCCCCACGUCGGUGGCUCGCAAAGACAGAAAGAGUUGGCCGACCACAUCGCAUCAAAAUGGCGUCAAUACGGCUUCGACGAGGUAGAAAUGCCAGAAUACCAAGUGCUUUUGUCAUUGCCACAGGAAGACCAGCCAAACACGGUUGAAGUCGUUACCAAUGGACUAGUCGACUACACAAUAACUGGACGGAUUGAAGUAAGCUUUCGAUUUUAUCAUUUGUACUAAGUCUGAGAGAAGAGCUGACAUUUCGCGACGCCAUUGCUGGUUUCCUCGUGAAAUGACCUCUGGGGAACGACCGCAGAAAUUCCAGUCUGAUGACCUGUCACUUCUCAGGUCUGAGUAGUGCUUAAUACUUCUGAUUGCAUGAAACAAACUCUUACGCAAUUUUGAAGCACUUCUCAGAUCUGGGUAGUGAAGCAUCAUCAGUACGAAAUUUCUGCGCUUGCUUCUCAAACGUCAUUUCUUGGGGAAAUUAGCAGUGGCUCUCCGCUUAGGCUAUAGUGCGUGUAAUGGUAAAUGAUAUAAUUAUUCAUUCCGUGCAUUUCUCCGUUUCUAAUUGGCUCAAAUGCCUCUGCUAAUUCCUGGUAAUCAGCUAGCGUUGACCAAAUUUUGAACACUUUUGCGAUAUUUGGAAAAUGACUUCAGUAGUAAGAGAAAUGGACGGCAACCGAGAAACCUUAGCUUGGUGACGAGGUUGCGUUGUUGUGGUAGAGCAAGACAAAAUGGCCGAAUAUUUCACGCGUUUCGAACUACUGCCUAAAAACACAGCAAGAACCAGGGGUGUAGCCAGCUUUUCGACUAGUUGUAGGCCUGGCAGACUUUCAUUUACACGUAUCCUUCAAAUUUGCACGUAUGACUAGUAGGCACUGACCUCACCAAGACUCUUAAGUUUUUUAGCUCACCCCAACAACGCAUAAUUUUUUGUUGCAAGCGGUAGAGCCGGAUCAAACCCAAAAUUUGUAGGCCCGGACCUUUAGGUCUAUGGGCUGGCUACGCCCCUGAGAACAGAAAGAAUACAAGUCGACGGAAGACAUCUGCUAUAUGAAGAAAAUUUCGGCUGCUAGUCUAAAUUGAACUUCCCAACCUACAGGGGAAAGAAACAGGAAGUUUCCUUGCUUUCUAGCAGUCGAUGUUGAAACAUCGAUCGGGUUAAGAUCCUUUUACCUUGUUUUAAACUAGCAAUCAUUUUGAAUAAAAAAUAAAACGAUCAUUGGAUUCGGCAUUCGUAUGAUCUGGAGAAUUAUGGACAUCUCGGAGGAUAUUAUCCGCCGGGGCACUUCGGCCUUGGCGAAUAAUACCGUUUUCGAUCUCUAUAAUUCCUCAUAUCAUACUCAGUAUUAUCCAAUAAUUGCUAAUACGGUUUUUCUUACUUUUACACAUAUUUUAUUCAAUGUCCUAAUAAAUUGGUCCUAAAAUUGUUUCUUCAAAAAUGUUUUUUUUUUGUUUUUUCAAACAAUGAAUGACUGUUGUGACCUUUGUAGAUCCUGAUUUUAUGGUUUUAAGAUUUCAUAUAUUUUUAUAUGUAUUGUUACGUAUUAUUAUUUAUUUUUAGAUUAGUGUGACCAAUAAAUAUUUUCUUAAUCAUUAUCAUGUAUUUUAGAUUAGUGUUCUCAAUUAGCUGUCUUAUAUUUUGUACAGCUAAAUACAUUUUACACCUUAAAUAAAGUUCUUAUGCUACGUUAUGUUAUGUUAUGUUAUGUUGUGUGAUGGUAUGUUAUAUUAUGUUCAAUCAGGUGGUCAAUUCACAGGGCACAUCAAAAAGCUCGUUUCCAUACUUUCCCUUCAUUGCAUACGCUCCUUCAGGAGUGGCUGAGGGAGAACUAGUGUUCUGCAAUCAAGGAAGUGAAUAUGAUUUUCAGACGCUAGACAGAAUGAAGAUAUCUGUCAAGAACAGGAUCGUGCUAAUCAGAGGAUACUAUACCCCGGUGAGUAAAUUUAGGUAGUGAUACUUUAUUUAUAUUUUCCCGGUGUCAGUUUUAAGAGGAUUACGGACGAGGAGAACGUAAGAGAAAUCUAAUGCUAGCCUGUGUACGGCUGCCCUCUCCCCUCAAUUUUUGUCUGAGGAGUGGGGGUGCGGCUGUACAAUGGUACCUCGAAAUAUCGAAGGGCCAAGGGACUGGAGAAAAUUGGUUCGCUGUAACGACUUUUCGUAAAUAUAUUUUUACUACUACUGAGGUAAAGAAAAUCGUUCGUUGUACCGAGGACUUCGUUAUCUAGAGGUUCAUUAUAUCGUGGUUGCACUGUGCAAAGGUAAAGACAUGCUAAAAUGAGGGUCGUCUGGCCAGAGUCUCCCAUUCCCAACCAUUAAGCCAAUCAAAAUUUCAACUUUCAGAAUAUCGGGCAGAAGAUGGUAAGAAAGACCAAGAAAGAAUGGUAUCUGAACCAUCUCGGAAAAAAAUUGCAACUGCCCUCAUUUAAUAGCAGCUAUCGUGUAUGCUGGCGCAUUCUCAGAGGCGCGUCAAUUUAAGAUCAUAGGUCAUUUACAACGGAUGGUACAUGAAACACAUGGGUUUUACAGCAAAUCAUUAAAAUAACGAAAAUAUGACACUUAAAAAAUGGCGUCCUGCUGCUAACAUUACUCAUAUAAACGCAUAUUUUAUCACAUUAUCUGAGGAAAAUGGUGGAACAAUGCUAUUGAUAGGCCUUAGAACUUGUCAGUUUUGCUUGUAAAUAGAAAGCGAUCAAGUCUUUAUCAAAGGUCAUUAUUAAACCAUGCAUGACAACACCGUCUCGUACUUUAGCAAUAUUGGCUUAUUACUGAGCUAACAUUGGUUAUUCACAAAUUAUCUUUAAAUCGUCUUUAAUAUUAAUUCUUGUUUCUCGUCCUGUCAUUUCCAUCUGAACGGUUGUGUAUCAGGAAGUGUCUUGGAAAAUGAGGCCACCAGGCCGAUUUAGAAAUAGGGUAUGAGAAUGUUUGGUCACUGUUACAUGUAUAAAAACAAUUCAGGAAUAACCAUCGAGGUUUUCCUAUAAACCUUCCAUUUCUGUUUUCCGUUUCCUACAACAUAUAUAUAUAUAUAUAUAUAUGAUGCUUGUAACGGCCAUUCACCCUGAUGAAGGCCGUUUAACAUGGCCGAAAUAUAGGUGAGAGACGAAAAACAUAUUGUUUUACUAUUCACUUGUGGUAUUGUAGUAUAUAUAUAUAAUUUGAUUUUUAUUUGAUUUUAAUUAUUUUAACAAUAUUGUAAAUUUUGACGCGUAAGCCGCUUCCACAUUUCCCAUAAUGCACCUUGUUUGUCCCCCAAAAUUUUGCAUAAGCAUUGUUUUCAGUUUCUCUUGGGGCGGCUGUAAAUACCCAGGAGAAAAGGUUAUGGUUAUGCAAAAUUUGGGGGGCAAUUAAGGUGCAUUAUGGGAAAUUUGGAAUUGAUGUAUAGGUCAAUUUAAAAUGUUUAAACCUUGCAUUACUAUUGAUUUAUUUUUUUAAUCUAUUUUCCUAAAAGUAAUUGUUGUUGUAAAGCGCCAUUGGACAGCAAUGGAAAUGGCGCUAUAGAGGUAAAUGUUAUUAUUAUUAUCGUCUCUAUUAUCACAGUCUUUGCUGGUGUUCUUUUUGUGCAUCAGCCGGGCGCAAACCAUGCACCUAGAGCGUCAGUCACUCAAGUCAAUCAUUCUGUUCAUACACUGAGCACCUUUCUGAGGAUUCGUGCAGAUCCCAGCAUGCAGAUCUUUUGAAUCUCUGUCAUAUUAGCUCUUUCUGAUACUUUCUUGAUGUUUUCUACCAUACCCUUCUUCACUGUACCAAGCGCACCAACAACCACAGGGAUCACUACGGUUUUCAUAUGCCACAUUCUCUGUAUUUCUAGUUCUAGGUCUUUGUACUUGCAUUUUUUUUCAGUUUCCUUCAGUGCGAUGUUUCUAUGUGAUGGAACAGUCAUAUCAAUAAGUUUGCAGGUGGAAUUCACUGAAUCUUUAACGAUGGUAUCUGGUCUGUUCGCUGUUAUAGUUCUAUCAGUAUUGACUGGCAUGUCCCACAUGAUGGUGAUGUUGUUAUCUUUAUUGUGUAUCACGGUCUCUGGUUCGUGUUCGCACCAUUUGUCUGUAAUCUCUAUAUCAUGAUCUUUACAUAUGUUCCAAUGGAGAUAUGCUGCAGCAUUAUUGUGCCUGGAGAUGUACUCUGUUUUGGCUAAUACCUCACAUCCAGAUACAAUAUGGUCCACUGUCUCUUCAUGUUGCGAACACAAUCUGCAUUUGCUCUCCACUUGCUGGCCACAUAUUACUUUCUGGUAGUUUCUGGUGUUUAUUGCCUGGUCUUGAGCUGCAACAAGUAGUCCCUCUGUUUCUCCUUUCAAAUUACUUGACAACCAUUUGUUGGUGGUGACUGUGUCUACAUGAGGCUUCUCUAGGAUCUUUGGAUACUGGCCAUGCAAUGCUUUGUUUUUCCACUUUUCUUCUUUCAUUGACUUCAUCCUGGACUUAAACUUAUUAUUAUUAUUAUUAUUAUUAUUAAAUUCAGUAUAAUGCUAAACAAACUAUGGUUCUUUUUCUGUCAUUUAUAAUUAUCAGGUGACCGCCGCCGAACGUCGAGGAGCUAUUGGGGCCCUUUUGUACGUGGAUCCUGCCUUGGUUGCCCCUGAGGGACAUGAGAGCCAGGAAACUUAUCCCAACAAAGCCUGGAUGUCGAAAGACGCAGUUUUUUCUAAGGCCCUGUAUGCUCAUUUUGGAGACCCACUAACACCUUAUUUUCCAUCGAUUCCAGGGAUGUAUAGAAGGCCUAAAAAUCAAUCUGGUUUUCCAACUAUUCCUGUUCAACCAAUCUCGUAUGAAGACGCCUUGAACCUGUUAAGUCGUCUUAAGGGUGAGUUUUUGACCAUAUUUUUCUGUCAUUUAGUAUUUCUUGUAAACCAAACAAACGUGUAUUAAUUCAUACCAGCUAAAGUUAACACGAAAAGCAAUAAAUUUUUUAUGUCAGCCUUAGGACAGCUAGACAAAGCAGAGGACGUAUAACCUAACCUUAAUAGUUUGGUGUAAAUUUCAUAAAUGGCUUUAACAUGCUUAGAUUAAAGGGAUUUUUAUAACACAUUAUGCAUGCUAUACCAAGAAUAGGCCCAAAUUAGGCUACACCCACCAAUGACAAACACCUUAUUUAUUUUUAAGAACCUGAGUAGCCUAAUUUUCCGGAUAGCACCAAUUUUUAUAAGAACCUUCUUAGCCAAGCUUAGAAAAACUUGGAGUCUUAUACAGGGGUUUUUGCUGUAGUAGUGGUAGGAGUAGCAGCAGCACUGAGUAGUAGAGGUAGUAGUAGUAGUACGUAGCAGUAGCAGUAGUAGCGGUGGCAGUUUCAGCCGUAGCAGUAGCAGUAGCAGCAGCAGCAGCAGCAGCAACUGUAGUAGCAGUAGCAGCAGCUGUAGCAGUAGCAGUAGUAACAGCAGCAGUAGCAGUAGCAAUAUCAGUAGUAGUGGCAGUAGCAGUCAGCAGCAGAAGCAGCACCAGCAGUAGGAGCCGUAGCAGUAGCAGUAGCAGCAGCAACGGCAGUAGGAGCCGUGGCAGUAGCAGUAGCAGCAGCAGCAGCAGUAGCAGUAGAGGUAGCCGUAGCAACAGCAGCAUCAGCAGAAGAAGCAUAGCCUUAGGAAUGACUGUAGCAGUAGUAGUAGUCGAAGUCGCAGACAUAGGGUGUCUGAAAACUUGAUUGACGAGGUAAAAUUCGAUUGUUUUAUGUUGCGACCAAAUUAAUCAUUGAACUCGGUUUCGGCAUAAUAGCGAGAAUUAUGAAAAUGAAACAAACCUCAGGUUUGAAAGUUCUCAUUAAAAACGUCAUCUGUUAAUUGUUAUUUAGUAUCGAUUCCUUAUGAUUACCCUAGGACAUGAGGUACCGCCCAGCUGGCGUGGAGAUCUCAAGGUCACCUACAGGUUCGGCCCUGGUUUUACCAACGCCAACACUAUUGUCCGACUACGCGUUAAUAACAAACUUAUUGUUAAAUCGAUAAUCAACGUUAUCGGGACCAUCAAUGGUCGUGAAGAACCCGACCGCUAUGUUCUGGUCGGGAAUCAUCGCGACGCGGAGUUUUUCGGGGCGGUUGAUGCGUCCAGUGGAUCUGCAGUUCUUAUGGAAAUAUCACGAAUCCUUGGAAAACUAAAAAAUCAAGGCUGGCGACCACGAAGAACGGUCAAACUGUGCAGCUGGGGUGCAGAAGAGUUUGGUUUGAUAGGGUCGGUAGAAUGGGUGCAGGAGAACGCGAAGCUGCUAUCCAAGCGCGCUGUUGUUUAUUUAAAUACUGACGUGGCAGUCGGGGGAGACUAUGUUGUGGUUGCACAGACCUGUCCAGUGAUGGAGAAAGCGGUUUUUCGCAGGGCCAAAAAGGUUACAGAUCCCAACAAGAAGAGUGUAUAUGACACCAUGGUCAGUAGGAUGCCUUCAUCCGUUGAUCACCCUGAUGAACCUGCUCCGGUACCGUUCUUGUACUUCAGCGAUUACUUAUCAUUUUACAUGAUCCUUGGAAUUCCUUCUGUCGACUUUAGUUAUUUUGAUGGUUUUAAGGACAGUUACAGGCUCUACCCGGUUUAUCAUACUCAAGAAGAUAGUUUUCUGUGGAUGACAACCUUCGCCGACCCAAAAUUCGAGUACCACGCUACCAUGACAAAGCUUGUGGGAGGCAUGCUCUUGGAUUUUAGCGAAGCAUAUGUUUUACCUUUAGAUGUGGUGCGUUUUUCCAGAGCCUUAAACAGGACAUUUGAAUAUCUAGAGAAAACGUCAGACUUCGGGAACAUUUCGACAUAUUUUGUCCGCAGAGCUAUCGACGAAUUUGUUAACGCGAGCGAAUUUUUUCAAGAUUCUAAAGACAAACUAACAGGAAAGGAAAGUGCAUUGAUUUUGAGGGCAGUUAAUGAUCAGCUUGUCCAGGUGGAGAAAGCAUUCAUCUCGCCUUUGUUGAAAUCAGGUGAUCCAAUAUACAGACACAUUUUUUCCAGAAACAGUAUUUAUAGAUCAUUUCCUGGAGUGAGAAGAGCUCUGACGAAUGCGAGGACCACAAGAGAUUUUUCCGAAGUUCAUCGACAGUUGUCUUUGGUUCAGGAAGCCAUUUUGUCUGCAGCUGACAUAAUUAAACCAAUAGUGUGUAAACAGUGAUGUUACAACGUCUUAAGAAAUAGUCUUUGGUGCCUUGAGCAGUGAGCUUCCACUGAAAAAUGGGAAAUUAUUCUAUGAAACAGAUGACUGUAUGUACAAAUUGCAUCUGUUGAAACCCCUUCGCUAACUACAUUGUUGAAGGCCCUUGCUUUGAAUGUUUCUUAGUCGUGCAAUAUCAAUUACACCUCUGCCCCCUCGGGACUAACUACAGUUGUCUGUAUCCUUAAGUCUUAGAUAUAAGAUCUCACUACUAACUUGCACACAUAACUACUUUUAGUAAAAUCCAACUAGUGGUCUAUUAUCAAUACUGCGCUCCGAUUGGUUGAGCUACUACUAAGCUAUAUGUUAUAGCCCACUAGUAGCGAAAAGCGCGCGCUUUUUGGCGGCAAAAAAGGAUUAAAGUCAAGCUUUAACUAGCUAAACUUUUUUUAUUCUCGAUAUUUUUGACCAACUAACUGGAUUUUACUAAACCGAUUAUUCCUCUCGCCCUUAAGGCUUCUGAGUCAAUAGCCCAUUCGGCCUUCGGCCUCAUGGGCUAUUGACUCAGAGGCCAUUCGGGCUCGAGGAAUAAUUGUUACAUAUUACAUGGUUCGACACAUCAGUAAUCUCUAUCUUUGUCUGAGUACAACUUCUAUUGCGUAGAGCAAGCAGAAAUAAGGAAGGGUCAGCGUGUCGAUCAUGAGGUGGCGCUGAAUUGCUGCUGUUGAAAUCAGCUUGCACGUUGAUGUUGUGGACUCGUUGAGUAUAUACUCGUAAAUUAAAAUACUCCUUAAGGACAUUUCCUGAUUAGUGCUUUUUUAAUAGUAGGCUGUACAAGGAGGGAGCGUGGCUGAGUGGUUUGAGCGCCGGACUUGCAUUUCGGUGACCCCGAUUUUGUCUUGUCCCGAACGCUUGCUGUACUUGUUCUCGGUUAUCCCGAGUUUAAAUCCUUGGCCAUGCUUGUAAAUAACCAGCUAGUCCCCCCCCCCCCCCCCACACUGGCCAGUUGGGAUUAUUGACCCUCUAAAGUUUAAUUUAAAUUAUUUGUUUCAGCAUUUGCUCGGCCCCCACUAGCGUUAGAGGUAUAAAUACUAUACCCGGGAUAAAUAAAGGAUUAUUAUUAUCAUUACAUAUAGCCUUUAUUAGAAAUUGUUCCAUAGUAGGCAUGGUUGAAUAUUUAUAUGAAACUGCGCAGUAUAAAAUAUUAGAUGACUGAUAACCUUAAACAAAUCAGCCACUAAAAGGCCCGCAUGUAGGUGUGCUUUACGUAAGUUUCUUUUUUUCAACAAUGGCAUACUUUUACAAGAAGCCAGAUGAUCUCGAGAGCAACUAAGAAUAAACAACUCGAUUAAAUUGUCAGCAUAGAAAACUUCAGCGGAAUUGGCAAGUGUAAUUUUGUAGCCAGCGCCACAGAAGACACUGAACUCUUCGUCUGCGAAAAAGCGCCGAAAUCCUUGUAUUCUAAGCCCCCGCCUGUGUGUCAGGAUUUGUAUGCGCCAUGAUUGGCCUGUUAAAAAGCCCAUCUUCGAUUUGCCAAUCAAGAUAAAAUAAAACUCACUUCCGUUAAUUCAGACGUUGCUAUAACCGCUAAUUAACUCCAAAUUGCUUGCAAAUCCAAAUCCAUGCGAUGAUAUUCCGCUCCAUUUAGGACCAGAGCUAUUUUUGAAUGCAAUACCGAUUCCACAUCCGGUAGGUGGAUUGUGCACCGGCUUGCCUCUUGAUCCUGUUAAUCCUGUUUUAAAUUACAGUCGAACCUCCGGCCACAACGGCCACCUCGGAGACAGAAGGAAGUGGCCGUAGUGGAGAGGUGGCCGUUAUGGGGAGGUAUAGAGGUAUUAUAUGACAAUUUUUUGGGGGAGUACAAUAUGUUUUUUGUCUUAAGUUCACGCGUACUGUAUCCCAUAACCAGGGUAAUCCAAUCAUAUAUUAAUGCAUAGAGAUAAAAUACAUCAAAAGCUUCAAUAAUGUUUUGAAUCAAAAUGUUAACGUAAUAACAAAACGAGUGAGGUUCGCAACAUUCGCUGAAAGUAUAGUAGACAAUUUUUGCUUAACUGCAGCAGUAUAAAUGAAACAAAAUCAAAAUACGAUUGCCGCGAUUGAUCAUAAACGUGCCAUAAGGAUCAAUUCGUGACUAUUCUUGGCUUUUCCAUCUGUCGCCGAAAAAAAAAAACUGGCCGUUGUCCAGAGGUUAUUUAUUGCCGCGAUUGAUCAUAAACGUGCCAUAAAGAUCAAUUCGUGACCAUUCUUGAAUUUUCCAUCUGUCGCCGAAAAAAAAAAAACUGGCCGUCGUCGAGAGGUUAUUUAUUGCCGAGAUUGAUCAUAAACGUGCCAUUAAGAUCAAUUCGUGACCAUUCUUGACUUUUCCAUCUGUCGCCGAAAAAAAAAAAAACUGGCCGUUGUCGAGAGGUUAUUUUGGCAGUUGGGGACCUGCGUUAGCGGCCGUUGUAGAGAGGUGGUGGUUGUGGAGAGGUCGCCGUUGUGGAGAGGUGACCGUCGUAGAGAGGUGGCCGUUCUUGAGAGGUGGCCGUUGUAGAGAGGUGACCGUUGUAGAGAGGUGACCGUUGUAGUGAGGUGGCCGUUGUAGAGAGGUGACCGUUGUAGAGAGGUGACCGUUGUAGUGAGGUGGCCGUUGUAGAGAGGUGUCCGUUGUGGAGAGGUGGCCGUUGUAGAGAGGUGGCCGUUGUAGAGAGGUGGCCGCUGUAGAGAGGUGACCGUUGUAGUGAGGUGGCCUUUGUAGAAGAGGUGACCGUUGUAGAGAGGUGGCCGUUAGAGGAGGUUCGACUGUACGUAACUGAAGCAAAAAACAGACCCCGGUUAUUCUCUCGCGCCGGUUAUAAUUAACUUAAGGGAUAAACGUCUCAUUAGUAUCUCUCUGCUGGCUAUGGGGGAAACAGACAAACAAUCAGCGACGAAGAAUCUGGUUUUUAUAAGAAAAAAAACGGGUUUCGUAAAUUUGCACGGAGGACUGGAUCUUCAAAAGGAUUGUUGCCUAUAAUUCAACAACUGUGUGAGAGCAGCCGUGAGAGCAGUCGAAGGUCCAUUUAUCACCAUGCCUUGUAAGCAAUUGCACCAAUCAUCAGGAAAAACACUGAACAAAAUCUCAACUGAAAACACUAUUAUAGUAGAAGUCUCUAUCAGCGAACUAUGCCAAAUCGUGCAGGCAUUUUGGGAGGCCGUUCGCUUCAAGCUAGAACGUCUUUAUUUAAUUACAAUUACAGUAGAAUUUAAAACAUCUCCUUGGAGAUGCUUGGUUUUCAUGUAAUUUCAGAUCUGUUUGUCAUGAAAGCCAUGAUGGGCCCUUUAUAACAAAUUCAAUUGAAGAUUCUUGAAAAGAUUACCCUUGAGCAUUGCCUUUCCAACCGCAGGUCAACCCCGUGCAUGCACGUAGUAAGUAAUUUAGUGUUUAAGUAGACUCUUCACUUUUGGAUCUCUGAGGACAUCAAGGACCCAUUAAAGGCUGUUCUUUAGUCGUUAAUGGCCUGCCGGCUAUGAUUUGUAACACGAAAUUUCCAUGAAACAUAAGCGAAACUUCAAAAUUCAAAGUGUGAGCUUAAUCCAAUGUGUCAAUUUUUCUCUCUGUUGUUGCUGUUGAUCCACGUAAGCAACAGUUAAAAGACAAGAUUCUGGAGGUAAAACAAACAUUUCGUCGUUGGCAUAAAUAUUUUCUAAAACAGACUGUUAAAAGUACCAUUUAACGAAUUAAGCACAAGUGUUUAACUUAAAGUUUUCAAAUUUCCCGACUGGAUAAAUGCCACAUAACAUCUCCGCAAAAAGCAUUGAGACUGAACCCACUGAGAUAGUAUCACGUAAGAAGACUGGCUCAGAGAUCUUAUUUGAACUGGGCACACGAUAUGAUUUGGUUCACAGACGUAAACUAAGAGGCCACAAUUUUUGUUCGUCUCCAUAAAUGACCUAUGGGGUUAAAAUCUCGUCUUUGCUCUAAAUUCGUGUAAUCAGUUGUAAUUAUACCAAUGUCGUUCCAUUCAUCGACGAGAAUCUGUCAGUAGGGCUCAGUGUAGCUAUUAUGUUUAAGUAAAAUGACACUCUUUUGUCUGGAAUAUUCGAAGUUUAAAACUUUAUAAUGUAAAUCUUAGAUGUGAACAUAUGACUAAGAGAUAAAGUAUUCUUGGAAGGGUUUUAUUGACACAAGCUUGUUUUUUCUGUUUUAUUUCUAAUUUGUUUCUCCCUGCUGGUACAAAAGAGGGCCUGUCAGUCAAUCCCCCACUUGACAUAUUUGUCAUUUUUUUAAGCCAGAAUAACAAGAACCUAUGCCAGUAGUUCUUUGGGGGCAAACGACACAUCUUUUCACAAAGCAUAUUUCAAACGCCAUCGUGUUAUGUUAAGUGAUAAAAAGCUAAUGCAAGGCUUCAGAUUCUAUCAGUAAGAUCUUCUGUGUAAAGAGGAAGGACGAUGGCCUAAGUACGAGGCGACUUAAACUGAUCUUCAAUCAAUCACCAAAGCUCCUUAAAGUGUUUGAUGACUGAUUAAUGGUGUGUUACUGGACCUCCCACAUUACCAAGAGACACGCGACGCGGCAAAUGCCGACAGACGUCAUGCGUCAGCACAUUGAUUCUUAAGGAACAAAGAGGUCAGUUUAUAAAGUUUAAGUGCCCUGCGUCAUUUGCGUAAAGAGAUUUAAUUUAUAACACUAGUUAUUCAAAGAGGCAACGCUAACAAAGUCUUCAAGAAGUUAUGUCACAAACCCAAGACUCAGUCAUUGGCAGAUGCAAAAAAAUCUACGAAAUAAUUUAGGCCGAUUUAAUACUUCGUGCUUCUUGCGUGCAGAACGUAACUGAUCAAAUUGUGUGCUAGAGAACCAGGUACAGAAGAACGACAUAAACAUGACUCCACUGAUUCAGACGUCGUGCUAGAGUAGACCUUAAAAGUGUACGUUUUAAGUAUCAAGUCAGCGGUAAUGAAACAAUAAUCACUAAUCCCGAAAAAAGUACGUUUUAAUGCACUUAGUUCUACACUUCAUGGGAACCUUGUUUGAGUCACUGCUGUGCAAGAGUACAGACAGAACUUAUCGACAUUUAUUGCCCUGCUGAACUGAAUUCAAAACUUUGAUACCUCGUACUUCUGUCGUGCUUUUCUCGACAGCAGAGGCACCACGUAUGAACUGCAGUGUUACCAUUCAAAUAAAACGUUAGUGUUUUCAUAGUAUUAUUUAUAGAAAAUCGGAUUUUUAGAUUUUUGCUUUCUGCGUUCGAAUGUUUUCAGUAUAAACCUGGACAAAUGUUUAGGUAUACUUUGUAUCGCAUGUCAUUAAUUGCACUUCUGUUGUUCGCUCUGAAAACUCUAAAAGAGUCUUCUUAUUACGAAAUUAACUCUUUUCAGUAAUUACCAAGUAGCAUGAAAUCUUUCAUUUUUUUAUUAACAACUCAGGUGUUAUACAACUCAAUUUAGAAGGAAUUCGUCUUCUACAGAUUUGCCCUCAGUCUUUAUUUAACAGCUUAACAGCUUUAUAUUUUUCUCUUUCUUGGGAUUGUUUUUCUUUGGCUUCAACAAUAACUUUUCAUUAGUUCUUCCUCUUUGUUCUGGGGCCCGGGGGUGAAGAGGUGGUUGGACAGUCUGCAAACAAGACAAGUCGCCCUUGACAGCUGUAGCUUGUCAAAAUAUUUCCCCAGUUGUAUUUUGUUCUUGUCACUUAAUUGUUAGUAAAAAGUCCCGUAAAACUUGUAAAUUGUAACACACUUAAAAUCUCACAGUACAAAACACUUGAACAAUGAUGAAACUCUCCAGUCAUUUGAAACGCCUUCCUACUUUAAAAUGUGCUUUAAAUAAACCCACCUUUAAUUGCCGAUUUAAUAAAUCCCCUAGGCAAUGACAUUAUUUGGUAUCAUAUUUGCUUUGCUUUGCUAUUCACCGCUUUAAGUACGAUUACGUAUGCUUGACGUCUUCUUGACUAUCUACCCCUCAAGAGCUCUUCUGUCAAGGCAAUAGGCGUAGUGUGUGCUACCGUACAUACUUAUUAGCAGCAACUGCGCAAGAUGGAGCUGACAAGCUCAAAAUUGCGACUUGCUUCAUCUGUAUCAUCCCAAGAGACCAUAUUCAAAAGCUCGUCCCGCUGUGGCACCUGUGGAAAACGUCAUUUUGUAAUAUUGUUGGUUGUAUUUUUGGGUCUUGUUGCCGUCGCUGCUGGUGGUUUCCUCAUCGGCUACUUUGUCAUAGGAAACAAAGCGAAAGCAAACCGUGAAUGUGCGGGCGGUGAAACAAAUCGGACUGGAAAUCAGAGCGAAACAGAGAAGUUAACAGUGGGCGAAGUAUUCAGCAAGUUUGAGAAGGAAGUAGACACAGAUCAGCUAAGAGAAAAUUUGAGGUAGGCAGUCUUAUUUGCGUUGUCGAAAAAAUGCAUAUCAAAUCUGAGAACAAAAACUUCAAUUCUCUUCACCAAAGCACCUAAUUAACACCUUAGUGUAGAAGAUGUGCAAAUGCAGAAUUUAUCAUCUUUGCUUAAGGCUCAACUCUGUUUGGAUACUUUUGCAUCAUAUUUGUUCUCAGCAAAAUUUGUAUCAACUCCAUGAGUUUUUUUGCGCAAUGUCACUUGCUGAUAACUUUUAACCGUCUUUGUAUAUACUUAAAGCAAUAGCCAGCAAUGGCCUUUUUUUCUCUUUAGCUGGUUCGCUGACCAGCAUGUCAUUACGCAAAUGCCAUCCUCUCUUGGGAUCCAGUCGGCUUCACUUAUGUACAGUAUUAAAUCAACAUUUUUCAACAUUUACAAGAUACUUUGUCGCUGGAUGAAUCUAGUCAAGUGGUCCGGCGGAACAGCGAUAUCGCCGUUGCCGCUCAUUAGUCUACGCUGUGUAAGGUGAUUCUAAAGUUUGGCAGAUUCUAAAUUUGUUGAUUAAAACUUACCGAAUAGCGUACGUAAAUAGUAGCCAAUGAACAGACGUAAGUUUCUCUGUAUUGGCAUGGCAAGGUGUUUCUAACUUUCAAGUCUUUGAACAAAAUCCUAUAAAGUGUGCCCAUGUCAGUUAAAAUUACAGAACGUGGCUUUCCUAUAUUGACGUUCCUAAGCUGCUUCUAUUUAUGCCAUAGUAGGUGGUUCAAGAUUUUUGAAAUCUAAAGUCGGCUACUGAGAAUUACUUCCCUGAGGUGCUGUUUAUUGUGUUGUAUAAAAUUAAUUAGGUCUGAUCAAAAUGUCUUCAACCAUGAAAUAUUUGCUUAUAUGCAAUUCGUAAAAGCAAUCAAAGACACAUUAGGUGUUGAUAAGCAAAUAAUUUCCCAACUAAGUGUUUGUCCCGCUUCACACGGAAAAGUAUUCCGCGACUGAUAAGCCACUGGGCACGGUUGCCAAGGUGUCAUUCCUUUAAGUCGCGAUUCCCUUAGUAUAGCCCUCUCACGUAUAGGUUACACAUGGCAAGACAAAACCCAUAGUCUUACCAUUUGACAUUAAACCUAUUUGGCAGAACGAUUGUAUAGUGCUAUUUUUUUCUCCGUGUCUUUUAACACGUAAUUUGAUUUUUGGGGGGUUAUUUUUUUCCUUCCGCUUCUUUUGGGAGUAAAAGGAUUUAUCGAUGAGAACAAAGAGAUCACCCCACCUCUUGUUGGCUACACGUUGAUCAGCUUUAUGAUAGGACAAGUUGAAACUACGCUGUAGGCUUCCGUGAGAACAAUUGUGACAUUCGCCUAGAGAUUCGCGCCGACUUAGCAAAAGUUUGUCAGAUCUUGUUGGGAAACAUUUUGUUGUAAAUUAUAAGGAAAUAAGGGGAAAAAACAUAGUUUACAUAACAAAAACAACAAGUUAAUCCGCAAUAACGCUUCAUUUGGCACGGGAUACAGGGAUUAUAAAUUAAAGGUCAGCUUUAAAUGAAAGAAUAUGGUGACAUUUUUUUUUCCUGAAAGCCAGGUGUUAAUUUCGUUGAAAUAAAUUGUGCAUUUACUCUGAUGUUCACUUUUCAAUUUUUUCUUCAACGUGACUUUCCAUUUUCAUCAGUAGAAAACUGACUAUAACAUUUCUAAAGUAAAACAGUUGGUUCUUAUAUCCGAUUAGCGUGAUUAUGAUUUAAAUAAAUGUAACCAUACUUUUAGCAAUUCGUGGAAUGCGUUUACUUCGGAGGCCAUGUUGAAUUUUGCAUGGGUCUGGUUUGGAAAGGGGUCUUGCUUCUCCAAUGAUCCGAUCGUUCGGAGUAUGAUGAAGUGUCGAGUCCUAGACCCUCUGCCUGCCAUAUUUUGAGAGAACUGAGCGGCGCCGAAGUUUUCUCGGUUCCAGACCUCCCACCAGCUGACCAAGAAAUUCAAGAUGGCUGCCAAAGAAAACACAUUCCAUCCGUGGACAAAGUAAGUACGUAGUCGUUAUUCUCUUGUGAUAGACGAUAAAGUAACCGGAUUUGAAACUCCCUUGGGACGAAAUACCGAAAAGGAAAAAUGUUAGAGAAGCAGCAAGAUAUUGAAGCUCACUCAGUAUCAGUAAAGUCGAUAGGAACUCAGCUGAUAAGGUUUCAGUAAAGCUAAGAGGAGGCCGAGAAAUAAAGUGAACUCUUUAAUUCCCUGGCUAAUUCUCCAUAGCCAGUGAGCUGGCCUCUUUUCGGAGCAGUCAUUUUAUAAACAUUCUAGAAAUAAAGAUAUCAAACAACUGUAUAAAAUAUCUGCAAAAAUGAUUCAAUAGAGAUUUUGUAUUCCACAUGUGAAAGUAGGGAAGAUUUGCAUUCGUAUUUAAGUCUGAAAAUUAACGAUUAAAAGACAUUUUACCAUCUCUGUAAGUGAUCCGGAUUGUUCAGUGAAGAAGGCGCUGACUAAAUUUAGAACACAGUUUUUGAGUCAACGAUUGUAUACUGUCAAUGAGGCAGAAAUCAGAUGGCUGGCUUGAAUUGGUGUUUUGAAAGUACAGUAACCUGUUCAGCUUGACAUUUGUGAAACUAAGAAAAAGGGACCUUCCAAACAGCGUUUUCCCGUAAAUUUGAGGAGAGCCCGGUUUUUUGAACUCGGUAUUUGCUAGCAAGACAAGUUUUGCCCAGAAAUCGAAGCUAAUUUAUGAAAAACAAAAACAAAAACUCGGAACAAACAAAAAAGAAACAAAAUCAAAAAACGAAAAAAAAAAAAAAAAGAGCGCGUUAACAGAAGCAAAUAAAACUCUACAAUUCCUCUCAAGUUGAAGGGUAAUUUAAACGUUUGACCAUUCUAUUUCAACCGUUGAUGCAAACCAUGAGUUUCAAAGUUUAAAAAUUCAGUAAAAAUCUAACUUUUGCUCAAGUACUUAACAAAUACAUUCCGUGCAUGUUGUCAUGUUUCUUUUCAGUAAUGGAUCAGUAAUAGAGUUUGAAAGUGGUGACGUCAUAAAAAUUAAAUUUCUGAAGUUAAGGGAUUUGUCAGAAUAUUCUGAUAGAACAACAUCUAAAUGGUCUACUAGCCAAAAACUAGGAUUUCGAGGCAAAUUGUCUCUGAAAUACUAGCCCUGUUUUGCUCUGAUGAAUCCACAAAUGUCCCUCUAAAUUUGCUUCGGUUCAUGAGGGGCGAGGCCGGUUAAAUUAAGUAGGAUUUGCAUAGAAUCAUCAGUAACUGUGUGCUGUGCCAAGGGAGAAUGAGCUAAGAUCAUUCUCUCUUGCAAUUGGCUGUGCUAAAUAAAUAUUUCCGUAUUAAAUACUUGCUCAAAGCAGAAUAACCGAGUAAAGAUUUUCACACUGAGUUUGGCUCCGAAGCGACAACAACGUUUUGAAGAUUUGUUGCGGUUAAGGCAUUUCUAAAUCGUUAAGAGCAAUCGGCUCUUCGUCUCGGUUUCUUCAUUUUCUUACUUGUAAAUAGCUUCUGAAAUAAUCCGAAAAAUCACGAAAACACUUAAAUUUUGCGAUUGUAAUUAUUGAUUGUAUAUUGAUGGCAAUAUACAAUCGUAUCGAUGGUGGUAUAUUGCGGCCAUCUUACAAUUUUGGUCGGUGUCACCCGGUUCAGCAGAAUUACCUGGGAGCAUAAAGCCAAUUGGAAGCGACGAAAUAUCUUCAAUGAAAAAUUAUUAUAAUACACUGCCGAGUACGUCUGACGUUAUCAAUAGUUUCAUUUUACUCAACAUCAAUUAAAGAUUGAAUAUAGUAAAUCCUGGUUCUCAUGCAUAUGCCGCCGAUGCACCUGCGACAUGGCCGCCGGUACUGCCUGGGAUACUGUUCCGAUAUGAGAACGGAAGUGGCCGGCAACAUUGGUCAUCCCAGUCUUUAUCGCCUGCAUGCCUGCGAAGUUGACUCGAGUUCAACUUCGAAUUCGCAGCCAUGCCGGCGGUAAAGCUCUGCGAUAGCUCUAGUUGCCGGCGGCGCAUGUUCUCAUUCGUCCGUUCACACGGUACCGGCGGCUACGUUGCAGAUACAUCGGCGGCAUAUGAGAACCAGGCUUAACUGUGGAUCCAGUCUUCAAGAGACGUAAAGGAAGCAAGUAAAGUUAACCGGUACUCAACGCUAUUCCCCAAUUGACUCGCCUGAGAACAUAUUGGAUGUUCUAGUUAUCUUAAUAAGGUUUUUUUUGUACCUAUAAUGUUGCAGAAUAUUUUCCAGCGAGAUUCAUCUGGCUGGUUCGGAAAGAUCACGGCAGAUGGCAGAUAUGUUAGCACAGGAUUGGCAGCAGUAUGGGUUUGACGAAGUAGAGAUGCCCGCCUACAAAGUGCUGUUGUCGUAUCCGGAGAAGGACAAACCAAAUAUGAUAUCAGUCGUGGAUAGCAAUGGAACCGUGGUGAAAAAUUUUACCGAGCAGUUAAAGGUGACAUAUGAUCUCUGUACUCUUUAUGUGUUUCACUAUAUGGCAGGCAUCUGGCAGGUGAAGGAAAGCUGCUAUGGAAAAACUUGCAUGUGGCACUAGUCAGUGUGUAAUUUGAUUCUUAUGUCGUGAUUAGCAUAAUACUAAAUCUAGACCCACUAUUGUUUCCGAAAUAACUCUUCACGUGACGCUAAGCUAGAGAGGCACAUCUUAUUACAAAGAUAGAGCCCUCGAACUUUCUGGCUUAAACGAACAUCACGAAAUGUAUUUUGCAUUACUUUCUUUUAGUCUUACUGUUAUUAUGGUCAUGAUUACUAAAGCUCUGCGAAAUUAUCGACAUGUAUUAUUUCGAAGUUUAAGCACUGUAUUUAGUAACAUCCUAUACCUGAAGAAAGCUUGUUCGGGUAGCCGAAAUAAGCGUAAAAACUUAAUACAUAUGCGUUUUGUGAACAAUGCUACAGUAUUUUUCUUUUAAAUAUUAUAUUUGAAUUAUCCAGUUUUCUUAUAGACUGAAACAUCAUCAGUGAACUGAACGUGAUUCUUCAUAAACAUAAAAUAAAAUAUUUCCUUUAUCUGUCCUGUAACAUUUCUUGUCAGGAUCCCUUGGGCUCCUCUUUUUGCAAUGUGAAACAACACUAAGAACCCUUUUCUAAAUAUUUUUAAUGUUACACUCAUGCGAUCAAUACAAUAAGUCCUUAUUAUUAGACCAAACUGAGGCCCGACGAAAAAUUUUAUUUUUUGGAGACCGUCCCCGUUCCCCUUAUCUAAGGGUCUGGAUGGCCGCCCCCACCCCCCGCCUUAUGUCGAGGUCUGGAUCCGGCACUGAACCAACCUAUAAAUGGCGUUCCCAAACGUUACGGCGAUUUUCUGACAGAAUAUUGUGUAGGUCAACGUUGUCCUGUUCCACAGGAUUCCACAGAUAAGGAGUUGCGUUCUCCUGUGGUCCAAUGCAAUAAUAAUUACAAUUAUUAACGUGCACUUUUUUAUUCUGGUUACCACGUAGGUGUCAUCUGGGCCUGGAGCCAGAAACACGUCUCUGUUCGCACCAUAUACGGCUUAUUCCAUGAAUGGCACAGCUGAAGGAAAACUUGUUUACAUCAACCGGGGAACUGGAAAGGAUUUCGAAGAGCUUGAAAAACACAACAUCACCGUAAAUGGGAGUAUUCUUAUAGGCAGGAAUGGCUUAAACUUUUACCUAACCGUAAGUGACUUAACUUUUCAAGAAACAGACAAAAAUAUGUCAGAUAUGUAAUAUUCUCCAAAUUGUGAUGCUUUAGUAGCUGCUGAAAAAGAAGCAGAACAACAAAAAGAAAACGGGGAAGCCUUAACGUAAAAUGUAAAGGUAUAAAGCAAUUGCACUGCACGUACAUGUACUCAUUUGCUCUACCAAUUGAGCUAUGGAGCCGUCUCUGGCAAUAAGGCUUUAAUAUAUAUAAGGCCCACAAAACAGUAUCUGGGAAAUGGUACGUCAUUGUCUUUCUUCACACAGUAAUUUUGAGGGAGUUAUAAUAACUCCUCUAGUGGGGACUAAUUUAACUCCUUACAGUGGAGUUAUUUUUUGGGGAGUUAUUUUAACUCCAAAAAGGAGUUUAAAGAACUCUUUUUCAGGAGUAAAAGGUGACCCCAGAUAUUGAGGAGUUAAAAUAACCCCCAAAAAGGAGUUAUUUACCUAAAAUCUUUACUCCACUUUCAGAGUUAAAUUAACUCCAAAAAGAGUAAAAACAACCCAUGUAAGGAGUAAAAGUAACCCCAUUUCGGAGUGGUUUUCACUCCAGACUGGGAGUAAAAAGAACUCUUUUUCAGGAGUAAAAAUGAUCCCAAAUUCGGAGUUAAAUUAGGAGUUAAAAUAAUCCCAAAAAAGGGGUUAUCCUGUACCUAAAAUGUUUACUCCAUUUUUGGAGUUAUAACGACUCCCUAAAAAUGACAGUGCAGUCUAUUUACGCGUAAGAAAUCAUUUAAACAUGAACUGUUUUCCUGGCCAAAAACUUUGAGACUUACUUUAGAGUUUCUUACACAAACAUACCCCUAUAAGUUUUGCACAGCUUUAACAGCUAACAACAUUCAAGGAUGUGAAGUGUGGGGUAGAAAACCAAUUUUCGACCGAAUUUUGGAGCGUAUCUGACGUCGAUUACUGGCUAAAAAGAUCAUGAAAGUGUCCCUUUACUUUUCAGUCAAAAUUGAAACCUAAUCAACGAACAGGUUUGGGUUCUAGCCCUGGCUGGUUGUGUCGCUGUGUUGUGUUUCUUGGGCAAUGCUAGCCUGCGUAGCAUGGCGGUUUUGGUUGGGCGCGCUAAGUAAUAAAGGCGGGCGAGGGCACAGAAACCGCGAGGAGAUUGUUCUCGCGCGCUUCGCGCGCGAAUUUCGCGGCUUCGCCGCUCGUGCGGCCGGCUCUACAAAACCGCCAUGCUACGCAGACUAGGGCAAUGCACUUCAUUCACAUUUAUUACCAAUUUCCACUCAGGUGUGUAACUGGGUGCCAGCGAAUUUAAUGUUGGAGGUAAACCUGAUAUGGACUGACAUCCCAUUCAGGGAUAGCUUGUUCCAGGCGUUCAAACAGAAAAACGUGGGCGAACAAAUUGACGAGGGGAGACCGCCCCAAUCUCCCCUCGUUUCACCCAUCGUCUACCUUUUGCGUUCGCUGCGAACAAUUUUUAACUCGCUCCACACCAACUAAACGCGUGGAUCAGGCUACUGCAGGGGAAAGUAGAAAUAUUCUUACUCACUUCCUGCUACACACACCAGAUAAAGCUUGACCUUUUUGAGCCACUUGGCUCGAACGUAGACUUUAACUUAACCUUUGAUUGCGUUACGGCAAUUUCUUUCAUCUGAACGCUUAAUUAAUAUAUAAGUUCAUCUUUUUUCUGUUUUUUUUUUCCUAUCUCCUUAGCCUGAUUUCCAUUUAAAUAGUCUUUCUUUAAAUCCAUUAUUAGGCUUUUCUGGCUGAAAAGAAGGGUGCAAAAGGAAUGCUUAUGUACCUAGACCCAAACGAAUACGCUAGGGAAGGCUUUGGAGAAAAUUCAACAUACCCACACACCCCGUGGCUUGAUCCUGACGCAGUGGUACUUGCAGGGAUUUCCCACAAACUCGGAGAUCCCUUAACUGACGGAUUACCUUCUUUAGACGGAAUCUACAGGAAAUCAGUGAGGGAGACCUUGUCGUUUAUUCCUCGUAUUCUUCUACAACCCAUUUCUUAUGGCACUGCUCGUUCUCUCUUGGAACAGACUGGAGGUAAACGUUUUUUGUCUUUUCAGUGCACUUUUCAUAUUUUUUCGUAUUCCUAAGAAUAUGCUAACCCGAAUUUAUAAAUAUUGAUUAAUUGCUACACACACAAACACACCCACCGAAAUUCAGCGGAAGUUAGUAACGGAGAGUUGUCAUAUCAGGGCCCGCGCAGGGGGAGGGGCUGGGGGCAAGGCCCCCCCUACUUUUUGGGAAAAAAAUAAGAAAUAUACAUUUUCAAAUAAGAGGAAUCUUUGAUGGAGUACGAAUAUUCGACUGGCGGACCUCGCUGAAGCAUCCAAAUUUAUGAUUGGUCCGUUUCGAACCUAUAUCAUAAGAUGAGCCCAAGAGAGAAUGAGGUACGGUAAGCCUCAAAACGACUAUCUCUACAAAACUGCACUUAGUCGAAGACUUGUGCGUUUUCAUCAGCCAGGUGAUGUAGUGUAUGCACAAAUUCCAUGGAGUCUCUUUUGUCAAUGUUCUUAAACCUCCACGGAGCCACGAUUUCUUAAAACAAAUUGCACUCGAUGAUAUGGUAGAUAACAUGAAGAAGUUUUAGCAAUUACCGCAGCAGAGCAUGAUAUUGAUAAAUCAGUGAAAAUUUUCCCCGAUCUGCAAGCUUCUGAUGGUAAAUCCUGCAACCAUUGCAGCAGGAAAAGGUCCUUUUCGGCAGCUCGUAAGUUAAAAACAAGCCUCCGUUCAGCAAUGACCAAUGAAAGGUUCUAAACAAAGCCGCAAGGAGAAAACGGACAAACUUUUGAAGUAAAUGAAGUACGCAAAAAUCAUGAUGCUGCUGUACAUGGCUACAUUUUUUUUGCUACUAACUCCUUUCUCGUUUGUUAAACUAUUUUAAAAAAACGAUUGAUGAGUUGUAACUGUAUUAAAAACUAUUGAGUCGACACCAGGACAACCAUUUUUAAAGUCUACAACCCCACAACCCCCCUCCCUCCAAUUACAUUUCAAAAGAGGUGAAUCGGCGCCCGUACUUUGAAAACUGCUCCGCGGGCCCUGCAUAUGGGUGAGGCUACGUAGUUUAAAUGAAUUGAUAAUCAUCAAAAUAAUUAUCAUCAUCAUCAUCAUCAUUAUUUCAUUAUUAUUAUUGUUAUUGUUCAUUCGGUGCAAUUGUUGUAGGACUUUAAACAGCUCUUGGACGAAGUUAGGAAAAUAUCGUGAUUUGCCAUGAGAGAGUAAAUCAUUUAUUUGUGAACCGACUUCAACUAGCAACUACAGAUUUAGCACUAGGUUUGCUUGUUUGUUUGUUUGUUUUUUUUUUCUGUUUAUUUUUUUUCAAGUUAUUUAUAUUAGUCAUUCAUUCAGAUUGACUGUUAUAGAGAAAUAUCCGUAGCCAAUCUGUAGAUCACCUACGUGAUCUCUAAACCAACAACAACUUCGCAAAAAAUCCUUUUUUGAAAAUGGUUUUACUGUUGCAGAAGACAGCAUACUCCCUGAUUGGUUUAAGGACCUCAACGCAACCUUCAACUUUGACCAAUCUAACCAACAAAGGAGAAAUCGGACAAUAAAACUGAGUAUUCACAACACUCUGAAACAGACGACGAUCUAUAACGUUAUCGGAACGAUUACUGGUAGAGAGGAACCGGACCGCUACGUUUUCCUGGGAAAUCACCGUGAUUCCUGGGUUUACGGAGCUGCGGAUGCGACAACUGGAAUGUCCGUCCUGAAAGAAACAGGCCGAGUCUUAGGCAGGCUAGUCAAGGAAGGAGGCUGGAGGCCACGAAGGACCAUAAAACUGUGCAGCUUUGGGGGCGAAGAAUUCGGUUUGAUUGGCUCCGUUGAAUGGAUGGAUGAAAACAGUUUGAUUUUCAAGGACCGCGGCGUUGCGUACCUAAAUACCGACGUUCCAGUGCAAGGGAAAUAUAGCCUCCUUGCGCAAACAGAUCCACUGCUGGCUGAUCUUAUUUAUAAGUGGACAAAAAAAGUUAAGGUGCCAGGGGAUGAUGAAAACUACGAAUCCAUGUUUGACGUAAUGCUAAAGCGAGGACCAACUCCUUUAGUCCCAGGCGAGCCGCAAGUCCCACCUUUCAAGUUCAUGAGUGAUUACAUACCCUUUUAUUUCAUGGCUGGUAUACCAUCGGCGGAUUUCAGUUAUUUCUAUAAUUAUAGUACCAGUAGCGGAUGGCAGCUUUAUCCGUCUUAUCAUACACAAGAGGACACGUUCUACUGGAUUGAAAAAUUCGCAGAUCCCAAGUUUGAAAUCCACCGUGCCAUGACCUUACUAAUGGGGGGAAUGUUGAUAGAUUUAGCUGAUUCCCAGCUUAUCCCUUUAAACGUAUCACGACUGAAGAACUCCCUGCAUGAAGCGUACGAUAAACUUAUUAAAAUCCAAACUGCAGUUAUGAACAAAACACUUGUUCAAGAAGGGGUUGCUGCUGUAAACAGGUCACUCGUUGAAUUCUCCAGGCAAUGCGACCUGUUUGCCAGAGCUCUUAGUGAGGCCAAAAGCUCAGAAAAUGUUCACUCUUUGACACUGCGGUUGCUUAACAACCAGUUGAACCAGCUGGGGAAGGCUUUCAUCCACCCUCGAAUGAAAAGCAUGUAUUCUGUCGUAUUUCAACAUGUUGCUCACUCUGGCAACUUUGCUGGCGUCGAUUCAACGGCAAAGAAAAAAACUAAUGAUACAGCUGAAGUUGAGGAGCAACUGUCUAUUGUUUCACUAGCGAUAUCUACUGCAGCCAAGGUUUUAAAACCCACUAAAAUCCGCCCACUGUAAUUCAAGAAGAUCUGUUUCAGCCUUAAAAAUGGGGCUGUUUCGGUGAGUAAAAUACUGUCCCAUUUUUGGGUGUAAUUUGGCUCCCUUAAUCAGGGCGAAUGCAGUCCAGUUACCUAGGGCUGAUUUUGGAUCCAAGGGGUGAAAUGGGCCCCAGCAUGGGGUGGAAUGGCCUUUUGAUGGGGCUGUUUUGGUCUAAUUUGUGCUCAAAUGACUCAGGAGCGCUGAAUCAGACUUUGGCCUUCAGGACUGAAUUGGCACUCCGGGGGCUGAAACAGAUCUUUUUAAUUUUCAGUGCACAAGCGACUUGCUUCUAUAAGUUGCAGCUUCAUUGUUCCACCUUCUAAUUUAACCGUUGACCGAAUACUGCAAAAACGAACAAAGUGUAAGAGGCUGGUUGAUUCAAAGUUUAAGAAGACAACUUUAACCCUUUCGUUUGGAUUCGUUAAAUUUUUAACCGCAUAAAUAAUAUUUGGGAAUUAUUUUUCCGCGCCUUCCCCUUCGCCCGUCUCGCACUCCAGGCCCGCUUCGUGCUUUCCUUCGCUCGCCUAGAAAACCCAAACAAGUAAACAUACGUUUACAAUUGAAGACAUAAAGAAAUUUCAAGCGUGGCUAACUAUAUAGUAGUGGAUUAGACACAGAAUUAACCUUUUCCAUGC